GGUGUAAAUAAAAUAUUAAUUAAACAAACCUGAAAAUUACCACUAGUAAAGUGUAAGAGGAAAAAGAUACUAGGUUCUCUAAUAAUUCAGCAACAGGAGCAGUUGGCAGUAGUUUGUGUUUCUUUUAAAUACAUACAUGUCACCUCUUGGCUUGGUCAGGUACACGAGUCUCUAACUCUUACUUCUCUGUCUUUCUAGCUUGGCAGUUGUUCCUGGAGUUGUCUGUAACAUAUGAAAGUUGGAUUUUUAUGCUAAUACCCUAUUGGUAUGAUUGGUUUGUGCUGUGGAAUUUAAUCAAGCAUUUGAUGCUCCUGUUGAUACGAUCACACACGCAGUGAAGGGUAUCAGAUUACCGUGCUAAGCAGCCCUUUCAUCGGUCAUCGUAUGAUUUACGUAGAAUUUGAUGCUUCUGCUCGUUCUCAAUUCUGAAAUUCCCGCCCGAGAAUUUGCUAGAGUUUCCCCUGGUUUUCUCCUUUUUUGUCUUUAAAUCCUCACUAGAUAUACUUUGUCUAUUCGUUCGGAUUUCAACAACAUACGCAAUAUCGACAUCUCUUAUUCGUUGGAGCUCGUACUUGAGUCAAUCAAGCUCUGGUCGAAAAGACUAGAGCUUGCUGGCAUCAGUCACUUGGGUGUUCGACUAAAUGUGGCAAUGAAACCUUUAGUUAUUUUAGGGACAAAGGAUAAAAGGGAAUCUGCUUUAGUUGUUGUUUGAUGGGCUAGAUGUUGGCAAAUCCCAUGGUUUGUCUAGUCUGCUUUGUGCUUUGAAAGGUUCACUUUCCUGUCUGAGCAUUAUAGCAGAGUUGAUCCUAGGGUUUGCGAGGGAUGAGGGAAGUAGCCGGUGACAAGUAGCUUAUAUUCCUUUUACUUUGGGUCUAUGUUACAAUAAGAUGUUUCUUUUACUUUAACUUCCUCUCUGUCCUAUAAAGCUGCCAAGCCUAUUUGUUCCUUGUUGAGCCCUGCAAGAUAUCUCCAUUCAACCAAGCUUAGUCAAAAUUUAUUUUCCCUUUAAUCAUGCAAUUAUUUAUUUCUAGUGUAGUGUAGGUUUAUUACUUUACAUGCAGCCCCAGUCUGGUCAAAUUUUGGAAUCAUAAGUCCUCUAGUUAUAUUAUAUAGGUUAGUUUAUUAGUUCUGGGAGUGUGGGUAUCGAAUGCAGGAUAUGGGGGCUCAUGAAAAUGUCAUGGGGUUUCAACACAGGAACGAGAGUAUUCUGAGUCGUCCAGUAUCUGGUUUGGGCACCAAUGUUUCAGAUUUAAGCAAUCCUUUUCUUGGUCCAUCUGCUUGGGAUCCACUUUUUUCAUUGAGUCAGACUCAAAGCUUUGGAGGCUCGUCAUUGGUUUCCCAGAGUGACCUUGCCAACCCUUCUUACCCGAGUGUCAUGGAAAAUCAGGGAAUGAGCAGCUCCUCUCCCUUUGUUCACUAUAUGCCUGACUCAAAUUUUGCGGAUAUGAUCCCAAAAAUCCCCUCCUUUGGCAAUGGUGAUAUAGCUAACGCAGGAUAUGUGUCAAAUUAUAAUCCACGUAAGGAAACAGGCAUCGGAACGGCUUCAAUAAAUGAUGCGCAAGUACUAGGUGAACAUUCCACUCCUGAAGAUGGAGCCACAUCUGCACCUAUUGGAAAUAAAAGAAAACGAGGGCUUGAUCAUGAUCCUACAUUCAAUCGAAGUAAGAGCGCUGAAGGGGAAGCACUGAAGGGUUCAUCAGGGAAAAGUUCUGAUGGCGUGAGAGAACAAGAAGAUAAGAAGCCAAAACUAGAUCAGAACACUAGUGCAGAUUUGCGUGGUAAGCAAUCAGUGAAGCAAGCUAAAGACAACUCUCACAGUGGAGAAGCUCCCAAAGAAAAUUUCAUCCAUGUGAGAGCUCGAAGAGGUCAAGCUACAAAUAGUCAUAGCCUUGCAGAAAGGAUAAGAAGAGAAAAGAUAAGUGAGAGAAUGAAGUUACUUCAAGAACUUGUUCCCGGAUGCAACAAGAUAACUGGCAAAGCAGUAAUGCUUGAUGAGAUUAUCAACUACGUCCAAUCACUGCAACAACAGGUUGAGUUUUUGUCCAUGAAACUUGCUACCGUGAACCCUGAACUGAAUCUUGAUGUAGAGCGGAUCUUAUCCAAAGAUAUUCUGCAGUCGCGCAUUGGAUAUGGGGCAAUCGGUGGAUACGGAGGUGCCAUCAUCAACUCAAAUCACCUAUUCACCGGUGGAAAUUUUCAGGGGACCCUGGGAAGCAUACCCAGCGCAUCACCAAAUAUCCCACCUUUGCCUCAGAAUGUUAUGGAUCAUGAGCUCCAGAGCAUUUAUGGAAUGGGAUACGAUUCUAAUUCGGCUCUUCAAAAUUUGGGACCACAAACAGGCCGCAGAAGAUGCUUGAUCACAUCGAAGGAACCAGGUCAUGCUGUGACCGGUGAAAUUGAUCACAAAAUGUGUGAACUUCUGUAAGGUUUUUAUAUAAAGCUUUGAGCACAACAGAUAUUGUGAGGAAUGCAAAUAUGUGGAAGCAUAUAUAUAUAUAUAUAGUUCAGAGAAAAAAAAUUGUUUGUUUGUUU